CCUGUAUGAACGGACCGAUAUAGCCAUCUGUAGCGAGGGCAAAUUACUGCAUCUUGUUAUUAUAUUUAGCUACCUGUUUUUUGUUAUGAAUAAGAGUUUAAUCAUAUAUUCUCAAUUUACGCAAGGUUACUACUAAUAGGCUACCUUUGCCUUCCUGCAAAGCAAUAGAUCUACUUCAACCACUGGAAACUGCACACGCAGGAUCCGUCUAAGGUUCGCGGGAGGAUGAGCACGUCAAGUCCAGUUUUUAUAAAUGCCUUUUGUGUGAAAACUGGCGCACUGAUGUUUUGGGAGAUAUUUUGUGGGUAUGCAACGCUUCUAAAUGAGUCACCUGCGUCUCAAUAUGACUGACUCCAAGCUACAAAUAAUAAUAAUAAUACAAACAAAAACAACCCAGGGCCACUCAGGCACGAAAAUGCCGUGAUGCUAAAAAUGGGUCUCGCCUGUCUUGUAAUUCUAUAUCUAUGUUGUUGCUAGAAUUGUUUACUUGUAUCCAUAACAACAGAAGUUCAACAAUGAUUUAGAACGUCCGAUAUUGUGCUUCUUGGCUGGAGUUUGGGGGACUGACCAGCAGUAUGUCUAAGAACCGGGACACAGCUGUGGUGACAGUAGGCUUCGGCCAGGGUAGCAAGGUGGAUAGUGUGCCCAUGGGCAGCCGGAUGACCCACAUCCCAGAGAGCUUGACUGGGCAGCGGGGUCCAGGCAAACCCCAGUCUUCAGGCCCGAGGCAUGGGCGUCUGAUGCACCAGAGCACCCUGUCACUAGGGGACCCAAAGGGAUCUGGGACCAGCUACACGACCACACACACUCAGAGUUACUGUGGGCGGGAGGCCGACGGCCAACCUCUGGUCUUCUUUCCCCGAGAUCCCGCCUACCCCUCCCAGCACACCAGUCAGCUGGACCUGAGUCACACAUCCAUCAGCCAAUCACAGACACACAGCAGAGACAUCCAUAACCCCAAAGACAUCAUCCCGUUCAAUGUUCUUCAUAGGCUGGGUCAGAGUAAUUGGUCUCGUAAUCGCGAGGGCGAGGCCAUGAGAGAGGUGACCAAUCCCAAGGAGCCCACCCCCUACUGGACGACCUAUCGCAGUGAGCACAGGAGUCCCAGCCCCUCUCCCUCACCACACGACCCCACUGGUAGACCCACACUGUGGCAUCAACAUGAUAUACUGACAGGUGAGGCCAGGAGUCCAGCAGGUCCAGGUAACGCCAGGAGACAGUCUGGAGAGAGAGUCCUGUGGGAAACACGACGCUGGGAGACAGACUGCCGUUCCCUCCGACUCUACUAAACACACAAUUCAACUGUACGUGUACGUACACACACACACACACACACA